UAUGGGAAUUCUACAUUUAUCGAGAUUGAUGUGCUUCCUUGGGGUUGUGAAGGAGUGUUGGAAUACACAAAGCAGAACGAUGGCAGUUCUCCCAUCUACAUUAUUGAAAGCGAUAUUUUUCUUUCUUUUUCGAUUUCUUCCAUAAUUAGCCGACCUACCAAUCACUAUUCACCGCUUCAUGACGUGGAAAAAGUUGAAUACCUUCAUGCUUAUAUCGCUGCCAUGCUCAAUUCAUUGAGGAAUGGGUCAGAUACAAGGGGCUACUUCGAAUGGCGGUUUGUGGAUUUGUUCGAAUUUGUCAAUUUGAAUUACACAUAUGGACUAUACUAUUUGAAUUUCAGCAAUCCACAAUGUAAAAAAUCUCCAAAAAACCUCUGCUCUUUGGUAUUCUCCUUUAGUGAAAGGGUCAAA